AUGUCUGUGCACUUAACAUUUGAGGACCCUUCCAAGUUCUAUGGACAUUUAGUCCUUAAGGAUCUUGAGAAUGAUGUCAUGUUUGGCGCUCCCAUUAUCAAGCUCGAACCCAGUGGUACAUAUUUCAACAAGCCUUUGACGUUGACAAGCGAGUUAAACAUGAAUUUUAAUCGGCAUGACGUUCUCAUAUUGCACGGCUCAAAGACUGGUGGCGAAAAGAUCACCUGGCAAGACAUCACUCACAAGUCAAAGAUCAACGAAGCAAACACAAAAGCAGUUAUAGUAAUUGAGCACUUUUCAAUCAUUGCAAUUCUGUACAGAUUGAGCAGAUUAACUCUGCUUCACACCAAAGACAUUGUAUCAAGGCUCAACCUUCUAGCAUUUAACUACACUUUGUCAGUUUUGGUCAAGAAGAGCAAUCCCUCUUCAGUGUAUGACGAACUUGCCUUAUUGUUUGUUAGCCAAGACAUCUACCAAGAGCAAUUCUAUAGAGAAGACGAGACGUCUUCUGCUUUGAUGAAAUUAAAGAAAGAAGGGUUCUUAGAGCUGCAUGUACGCCCUGGUCAGGAAGAACAAAAGAGCAUAUACAAUAAUGAAACACUUCAAAUUUAUGUUCGAGUUGGAGAAGACUACAAAAUAGCCGACAGUCAGCAAGAAAGUACAAGUUUCAUCGUCCAUUCUUAUGAUUGGUGGCAUGAAGGAAAGGUUUUGAGAAUUUCUCUUGAAUGGAAUAAAGAUGUCAGAAUUCUGUGUGGGAAGGUCAGUGUACGAGGAGAGUAUGGACAUGCAGAUGAGAGUCAUUUCAGCGAAAGAGGUAAAUUGGGUAGUCUCAGCUAAUAAACAUGAUAAUUUACUUUAAGUGUUUAGAUACCAAUUGAUUGAGUGAUCCAAACCUGCUGAUGCAUCUUUUUUUUUAUAGAGGGCGCAACUGUACACAGGCUAAUAAAUUCAUAGUAUGUCCGCCUCGCUGUCUGUUUCCUCCUCGCUCCUCGUAUGUGGUGGUGGAUGUGGUGGGAAAAAACGGAAAUGUGGUUGUGGAGGUGGUGGACGAAAAAUAAUAGAAAUAAGCAUUGUUUUUAGUUUCCUCUUGAGGCCAUAACAAUGCUUAUGCAAACUUUUGGAGGGACAAGCAAAGAGCAUUAUGGUAUGUCAUGGUGUUUUCUGGAGUGGUCAAUUGAAAUGUUGUGAUGGUGGUGAAAGAAGCGUGAAAUCACUGAAUUAUAGGGGAGAAAAAAGGGGUUGCGGAAAGUAAAAAGAUUGUUUGGUGCUAGAAAGAGCUAGUUUGCCUUCCCACUCGUUGUGUGCCACGAAUCAGUGAACUGGAACUUAAACAAUUUGUUGGACAAUAAAAGAGGCAGGAAAUAGACCUUACAUAAAUGCGUUACGACUUAGUGAUUUAAAGUCAUAGGCGACUUAGCGCUUAUUCCUUCGACAACACGUAUCAAACGAUGAGUACUUUUCUUGGGUUUUUUCGUCAACCAAUCAAAAAGCAAGAAAUUAACCAACGUGGAAAUAAUUUGUAAACAGGAGCGCUUACCAUUUGUACGAAAUUUCGGUGAAAAAUUUCAGUCAAAUGGUACUGGUAUUUUUUUGGCACCGAAAACAGGAAUGGGAUUGAGUUGUACCAUUUACAAAAUACCAGUAAAUUUUUCGCUCUCUCUCGCCAUGAAGCCUGGCACUAGUAAUCCAGACAAAUGGUGAAGAAAAUUUCAGUCGUUUCGGUAAAAACGGGAAAAAGGUAAUACCUCGAAAGGUAUUACCUUGUGUUUUUGGGAAAUUUCCACCGGGAUUAACCGUUCCAUUUCAAUUCUCCCCGGAAUUUCCGGGUUUUCCAUACAAAUGGUAAGUGCUCCCUGUCUAGUGGGUUGAACUACCUACCAAUAGCGCGUCAUAUCCAAAUGAGGUUUCCCCACAAUUUAUUCAUGAGGUUAAAAUAAAGAGGCUAUGGCCGUACCCACAUUGAUAUAUGGUAGCAGACAUGUUCCCAGGUUCCCUCUUCUACCGUUGGAGAGAACCGUGGGAACGAGGGUGAUAUGGUAGCGCAAGUUAACGAGAUUCCAUGUCAACAAAGAGGCCUAAAACAUUCCUAUUAUACUACUGUGUUUAGUUAAAAAGAGCACCUAUUUGAUUCGAAACUCGAAAUGGGGUCCAACCAAACUGUAAAUUGAAAUCAAAGUUAAGAAACAAUUUAGACCAUACCUUUGCUAGGUUGUUUGAACUAACAAACUAGUUGAAACUCUACCUUAUCUAUACGUGUACGUUUUCAUCGUAACAAGAUAAGUCAUAUCAAGAGCGAUUAUCUCCGCAAUUAGGAACUUUAAUUCACCUUACCACGGCUUUAGUUACCGUAGGAAAUGCCCUUCAACGUGGUCUGUGUAACCGUAUUGUCCAAAAUGUGUCUUGCUAUGGCAGUAAAAAAAGGUCUAUAUUAGCAACUAUUGAGUGAAAAUUGGAAGCGCAUUUCUAAUCUCAUAACCAUGCAUUUUCUCAACAGAACUGUGUGGUUAUGUAAGGAGCCUGUUAGAUGUAGAGGGUGCCAUUUUUAAGGUUGUUCCAAUUGCAGAGUUGCUUGAGAUGCCUGGAGAAUGCAUAAAUCGCCUGACAAAAUCUCAGAAGGACGAGAACGAACAACUGGAAAUCAUUUUGCAGCAUUGGUCGCAAACGAAUAACGUGGUGAAAGAUCUUGCCGCUCUCAGAAAAGACCUAGAGAGAUUAAAACAAGAAGGUUAGUUGUCCCAAGGUUCCCUUUUGUUUGACAAAGGCGCGAAAGCUACGGAUAUCCGGACGAUUUUAGAAGAAAUAUACCUGAGUUGUUGAUGGGUAACCAGAAAUUAGGUGGUAAAGUAGUGCUUGGAUACGCUAUUCGAAGAAAUUUUUGCUAAAAAUUAGUGAAAAUGUAACGACAUUUCGCUAAAAACUAAUAACGAAUAACAGACGGAAUAGUGCAAGGCAGCACAAGAAUACUGGGGUCAUAUUCACAGAAAUACUGUUACGUGUCAAUAAAAGUAGUUAAAAGUUUAAACAGCCAGUUUAUUUUGGUUAAAUAGAGUUUCCCUUGUUAUUCAUUAAACGUUGGCAAAUUGAGGUUGUUGAAGUAAAUGUUGGGAGUAUAUCCAGGCUAAGGCCCUGUUUACAAGGAGGGAGGGUAACCCUGGUGCUAGGGUUACCCCAGCAAGAUGGUUUUCCUAGCACUCGCACAUUUCUUCUUUUUUUACACGACAUGUUUACAAGGCAGGUAGGGUUACCCUAGCGCUAGGGUAACCCUACCUGAAUGCUAGGGUACCCUUGCAAGAGGGUUACCCUACUUGCCUUGUAAACGCUCUGCUAGGGAUAACUCGCCUACCCGGGACAACUUUCCUCCGUCAUGUGUGACCAGUAAUCGUGACAAUUUGAACGGAAUUUUUCAAUUUCUGAGCUAAAUUGUAAACAUCUGAACAAUAUAAGGUAUUUUCUGUAUACGAUGAUGAUAUUUUCCUGUUUUUUCGUGACUUUAACGUGUCUUCAAUUGAGAACUUCAAGUUUUAUUUAAAUUCUUGGACGUUACAAAGCAUGUCACGCACGACGAAACACGUCAGUAAAGCUGGUAAAGUUGACCUGGGUGUUGCUUGUAAACCAGAGCUAACUUAAACCCGCUUGCAAGGGUAACCCUAGCACAAGGAUAACCCUCUCUCCUUGUAAACAGGCCUUAAAUAACAGCUCUAGAUUUGAGUUCAUUGCCUUAUGGGUCGUUUUUAUACUAGAGGACGCAUUAUCCGUCUUGACUGGUAAUGCGUCUAUGGCCGUUUUUAUACUAAGGACGCAUUAUCCAUCUGGACGAACUUGGGCAAACAUUUUUAGUUCGUCUGGUUAUGCGUAUGAAGUAUAAAGACGGCACAAGACGCGUUAUGCGCCUGGACGAACUUUCCUUCGAAAUACGCCUUGAGCGACGCAUCACGAAAGAAGGUUCGUCUGGACGCAUAAUGCGUCUUGUUCCCGUCUUUAUACUACAGACGCAUAACCAGACGAACUACAAAAUGUUUGCCCUUUUUUGUCCAGACGGAUAAUGCGUCCUAAGUAUAAAAACGGCCAUUCUCCACUGAAUGUUUUUCGUCGUUGUCAUUAGCUUACAGAGUAACACAAAGAGGACAGAUGCAUAUCAGGCAGUUAAGGCAAGUUGCAACCAAGAUCUUGGGCUUACAAUACAUGCAUGAUGAUUCACAGAACUAUUUCAUUCGCAAUAUCUCAUCCAAUCCAUCGAUAAUCACUGUCCACUUCCUCAAGAAAUGA